UAUUCCGGUUAGUUGUGUCAGAUUCCGGCACUUGUUGUCAGACUUCCCGGCAGCUUUUUUUGUGUCAAUAUAUACCCCACCCUCCCCCCUCUUUACCCUUACACAUUCUCUUCAUUCUUUUCUCUCUCAAACCACACACACAGCGGUCACCACUCACCAGCGCUAGUUUGCGUUAAUUAAUACAACAUAUACAUACACAAUAUAUUUAUGUAUGUAUAGAGAGAGAAACUUAGAACAUGAUAGAUAGUAAAUGGUGAAUGGUCUGAGAGGAAGUGGGUUAGGCACAAUCCUCGUCACAGUACACAUCGCCUUUUAGUUUCCAUAAAGCACGCUGCGUACACUGGAGCAACACUAGUAGUUAGUCAGCUUUUUCAACACUUUAUUUCUCUCUCUCUCUAAAAAGGGUCUUGAUGAUGAAUCUCGCCGGGAAUAGUACGGACAUGAGCGUCCUCGAGAGGCAACAAGUCCGCAUGAAGUGGCAACAAGAACAGCUUCAACAACAAAGUUAUUUCGAUGGGAAUGAGUUCAAUGUGUACUCUAUACCAGCUCAGGCUCAGUUUGAGAGUUUGGUCAACUGUGACCCGGUUCUUAAUCAGCUUAUGAAUCAGGCGGUGAAGGUGGAUCCGGGUUUGGAAAACAGGUGGCAGGAUUUCGGGAAGGUCGGUGGGGAUGUUUCGGAUUUCGGGUCAUGUGAGUUUGUCAAUGGGUCUGGGUUUGAGAUGAAUUAUGCAAUCCCAAUUACUGCGACUGCAAGCUGCUCGCCGGCGAUGACAGCAGCAAAAGUGGAGGUUGGGGUGGCUGACACCAAAGGAAGAGAGUCCGUUUUGCCGGGAAAGCUGAGUUCUGCAACUGCAAAAGAAAGCUUCAAAAAGAGGAAGGCUGAUGAGACCCAAAACCCAAAGGUAGUGGCAGAAGCUGAGACCAGAAACAAGAGGAUCAAAGGUUGUGCUCAAGACGAAGGAGAGUCCAAGAUCACAGAGCAGAGCAUUACCAAUAACAAUAACAGAGAAACUUCUACUGAUACUUCAAAGGAGAAUUCAAAGGUUUCUGAGGUUCAAAAGCCUGAUUACAUUCAUGUCCGAGCACGUCGAGGCCAAGCCACGGACAGCCACAGCUUGGCAGAAAGAGUAAGAAGGGAAAAAAUCAGCGAGAGAAUGAAAUAUCUACAAGACUUGGUACCAGGGUGCAACAAGAUCACAGGAAAGGCCGGAAUGCUCGACGAAAUCAUCAACUAUGUCCAAUCUCUUCAGAGACAAGUAGAGUUCCUGUCCAUGAAACUAGCAGCCAUGAAUCCAAGGCUCGACUUCAACAUUGAUAACCUCUUUGCCAAAGAGGUAUUUCCAGCUUGUGGAUCCAAUUUUCCAACAAUUGGGGUGUCAUCAGAAAUGACUAAUCCUGCUUACCUUCAAUUCAAUCAAAUGCAACAAUUAGUUUCAUGUUGUGGGAUGGACCUGGGGGUAACUCCUCCAGAUAUGGCACUUAAAAGAACUCUCAGUGCUCCUUUAUCCAUCCCCGAAACAUUUCUAGACUCGUCCUGUUUCAAUCAAAUCCAGCACUCCUCGACUUGGGAUGCUGAUCUACAAAACCUUUACGGUGCGGAGUUCCAUCAAGGAAGAACGACUUCAUUAUCACCCCAGCAAUUUAUAGGUUCCAUUGAAGCUAGCAACCUGAAGACGGAGAUGUGAAUCGGAAUAUUGAUCAUACAAUUCCUUGGACAAGUUCAAUCCAAAUGCCUCAGAUCCUGAUUCUUUUCUUUUUUCUCUCGUUCUGCAAGUACAUAACAUAUAUUUUUGUAUGUAAACUCGCAAAGUAGAAAUAAUAAUUAUAGUGAUAUGAUACCAUUUUA